UUGCCAUUCCUUUUUCAAGAGGCACUUUUUAUGUUUAUGAAUUUUGAUGUGUCCUUUGUGAAAGAUAAAAGUGUAACUAUUAUUAUUUUUAGCUAUCAUCUUUAAUUUUUUUCAAGUCUUUGUUCUUGUUUAUCAUUUUCUGCUUCCUGUUUUUAACCUGAAGUUUUACUCUAUUUUAUUUCAUGCAAUAAACUGAAUGUGCUGGGUUAGAGAAAUAUUAGUCUGGAACCUGUCGCAGUUAGCAUGCAAGUAAGAUAGUGUGUUUGGUCUUAAGUUGUCAUAGUAACCCUGAAGUCUAAUGUUUAAAAAUUUGUAUUUGUUACAUUUUCAAUUUCUUGUUUAUUUGUAUAAAAGAACUUUUUGUUUGUGUGACAGUUUAAACUUUAACUUUUAGUGCCUAAAUGAUCUGUAUAUGUCAAAUUAUUGCUUUUUUAGCAAGAUUAUAAAUUGUUACUAAUAUGGAAAAUAUAUCCCUGUAAAUCAUGAAGUCUGGUCAGUUGGACCAUUCUAUAGUUUCGCUUGGUAUUGAUCCGUCUCGUUACUAUGAUAACGAUAAAGGUAUUAGGAGCAAAUCGUUUUAUCGGAAGUGGAGAGGCUUAACAUCUCAACAGAAAUGCGUAUGGAUUUUGUUAAUGUUCUCACUACUCUCACUGUUUUAUGUAUUCGCGCACAAAACUAGAGUUUCUGUAGGAUCUAUUCAUGGAACGUUUGAACAUGUCCCUCACCCUUUAAAUAAUCCACGACAUAAAAAACUAGAUAAAAAAAGAUAUAUUGAAAAAAUACAUAGAGAACUAGACGAAAAAAUUCGUCCUUUGAAACGUGGCCCACCUAAACUUCGGGGUGGUCUCGUCAAGUCCUCCACAGAAGAUACUCAUAACGUAGAUAAACACAGACAGAAUGUUAAUAAUAAACCUGGGAAAUUAGAUUUGUAUGUAAAGGAUCUUGAAAAAAAUAACGCAGUCAGGAUACCAGAAGAUGGCAUGCGUAAACUUGCACCAAAAGAUGACCCAAAGAAGUUAGAUCAUGUUGAUAAUAAAAGCGCUGAAGCAAAAAAUGACAAAAGAGAGGGUGCGAUUGGAAAAAGCAAAGACUAUGCUCGUUUCCCUGAGAAUAUUCCAAUGACUGCAAGACAGUUGGGAGUAGUAGAGACAUGCAAGCAUGCUUGGUUGGGGUACAGAAAAUUUGCAUGGGGUCAUGAUGAACUUGCACCAAUAGCUAGAUCACACCAUGAAUGGUUCAUGCUUGGGCUGACCAUUGUUGAUUCUUUAGACACCUUGUGGUUAAUGAAUAUGAAGAAGGAAUAUAAAGAAGCCAGAGAUUGGGUAGAGAACGAGUUGUCCUUCUCCAAGCCAGUUACAGUGAAUUUAUUUGAAACUACAAUUCGUAUAUUAGGCGGAUUAUUGAGUAUUUAUCAUAUGACUGCGGAUAAGAUGUUCCUUGAGAAAGCUGCUGAUCUUGGUGAGCGACUGUUGGGUGCUUUCAACUCACGUUCGAAGAUUCCUUACUCCGAUGUCUUGCUACGUGACAAAGUAGGCAAGCCUCCUUCAUGGAGUCCAGAUAGCUCUCUAUCGGAAGUGACUACUAUUCAGCUUGAAUUCAAAGAUUUAUCAUAUGCUUUAAACAACCCUGCGUACAAGUCGGCUGCGGACAAUAUUAUGCUUCAUAUAUUCUCACUUCAAAGAAACGCAGGCUUAGCACCAAUAUAUAUAAACGCUGACUCAGGAGAGUUCCGUCCUGGUUCUCACAUUACGUUUGGAGCACGGGGUGAUAGUUAUUACGAAUAUUUGCUCAAACAGUGGAUCCAAACUGGCAAGACUGAUGAAGUAAUGAAAAAAGAAUAUUUAACAGCAAUGGAGGGGAUGAAAAAACUACUGGUGAGAAAAACAAAAACGACUGGAUUAACGUUCGUUGGUGAACUGCUAGCUGGAAGAAAUUUUAGUCCCAAAAUGGACCAUUUAGUGUGUUUUCUUCCGGGAACACUUGCUCUUGGUCACUAUCAUGGACUGCCAGCUUGGCAUAUGGAGCUUGCCAAAGAAUUGACGGAAACUUGCUAUCAGAUGUAUGCAAGAAUGGAGACAGGUUUAAGUCCCGAAAUAGUAUAUUUUAAUACUGAAGAAGGUGCUGCUGUCGAUCUAUAUGUCAAGCCUUUGGACGCACAUAACUUGCUUCGACCAGAGACUGUUGAAUCGUUACAUAUCAUGUAUCAAAUUACCAAAGACAAGAAAUAUCAAGAAUACGGCUGGAAAAUUUUACAAGCCUUCAAUAAACAUUGUAAAGUGCCGUCCGGCGGUUACGUCAGUUUGAAUGACGUCAGAAACAGUGCAAAUCCCAGGCCAGGAGGAGCGAGAGACAAGAUGGAGAGCUUCUUUUUAGGGGAGACGUUGAAGUAUUUAUAUUUACUUUUCAGUGACGUUGAUGUUAUUCCUCUUGAUAAAUAUGUGUUUAAUACUGAAGCACACCCUUUACCAGUAUUUAAACAUUAAUGUCUUGCUUAUUCAUAUUAUGCAAUUUUGUAGAUUUACUAGACUGUUUGUUAUUGACUUUGUUCAGUUAGAUUCUGCAAAAUAACCAAUUUUAAUUAACUUUUACAAAAAUUGUGUACAAUCAUCGCAUCAGUUCAACCUCAAUUAUGGUUAAUCUUUUUCAGCAUGAAAUAUUGCAAUGUUUAUUAUGAAAGAAAAUAAUGACUUUUUAAUAUGCUAUAUGUUCGAGUUGCUACAACUUCUAAAAAAUCUGCAAUUUGCGGAGAUUUUUUUAAAUAUAAGAAAAAAACAUUAUUCAAACCUGAAUUUCUUAUGUCUCUUGUAUUAAAAUUAAUUUUUUGUUAAUCCGUUUGUUUUUCUCAUUAACUCACGUGAUUAAAAACUUUGUUUUAGGGAUGUCAAACUUAUUCUUUUCCUCAAAAAUUGUUGUUGUAAUUAUGUUUGAUCUAAUCAUAAUUAUCCAAAACAUUCUAAAAGUAGGCUUAAAGUCUCAAAAAUAGCCUGGAAUAUAUAAAGAAAAUGUCCUAAAAAGAUGAAAAGAGAGGUAUUUGUAGCAAACUUGAUGCACCGAAAAUACUCGAUUAAACUCCGGAGCUUAUUUGUCAGAAAAUAUUUUUGAAGAUGUGACUUAUUAGACGGGGGACUUCAUAAAUUGACAACAAAUUUUUUAAUGUCACACAUUCAAAAUAAAAUGUUAUCUCAGAAUAAGUAUUGCAUUCAACUCAGGUAAACACUCACAGGGCUUAGUUAAAAGGUGGUGACCCAUGAAAAAAUCAAGGGAGUGUUUGUAGAAAAUCUUUUGCUACUUUUUCUUGCUUUUGCAUUUUACAAAAAAAGGUUAUCUCGUUUUCUUUUGUACACCUAGCAACUGUGACGUCAUAUAAAGAAACUAUUGACAUAUGAAAAGACAUUUCUUUUAUUUGCCAACGUUUUUAAAUUAUUGCUUUUAAAGGGUCAACUUUUGAGGUUUGUACUAAGUUUUGAAAUUCUAAUAAAACCGAAAACAUGUUUUUAUUAAUUAGUUUUGUUAAGAAUAAAAACCCUUCGUAAUAUAUCCUAAUUAAAGGGUAAUUUUUAAAGCCAUAAUCCCGACCUAACGAGUUUUAGCUGUGUUUUGAUGCUCGUAUAAUUUAUUUAUUUACUUUUUAUAACCACAUUUUUUAGAGGUCGUGUCAAUUUUAGUGGCAUCAAAAUAUUGUUUUCUCUUUAGAUGUUUAUUUAUUUGGUUAUUUGAAUAUAAUAAAUACUCAAAUAUUAGAA